UGACCACAUGGAAGUGAAUCACAUGCCUCCUGCCUGCUUCUCUGUUUGUAUCAACAUGGCUGUUCAGAGGAGUGUGUCUCUCUUCUCCAGCGUUACUGUAUUUCUGUUAUUGUCUCUGUGUGUGUUUGCAGAGGGACGGGUUAAGGGCUUCAGGAAGUUCAGUGAAAGCCAGGACUCUGAAUGCACCACGGGGGGUGUGUGUGAGGAGCUGUGGUUCACCCAGAAACUGGAUCACUUCAAUGGAGCUGACAGCAGACAGUGGAAGCAAAGGUACUUUGUAAACAAAGCGUUCUCCAGGCCCGAGGGUCCCGUGUUCCUGAUGAUCGGGGGCGAGGGUCCUGCUAACGCGGCCUGGAUGCAGAACGGCACCUGGCUGAAAUACGCAGAGAAACUUGGAGCGCUGUGCUUCAUGCUGGAGCAUCGCUUCUAUGGGAAGAGCCGUCCCACCAGUGAUCUGAGUACGGGGAACCUGCGUUUCCUCAGCAGUCGUCAGGCGCUCGCUGAUCUCGCUCACUUCCUGUCCGUCACGGCGGAGACUCGAGGGCUCGGCGACAGGAAUUGGGUUGCGUUCGGAGGCUCGUACCCCGGCUCCCUGGCUGCCUGGAGCAGACUGAAGUACCCUCACCUGAUCCAUGGCUCUGUGGCCACCAGCGCUCCGGUUCAUGCUACUGUCAACUUCCCAGAGUACUUGGAGGUUGUGAGGCGUUCGCUGGCCUCAGAGAACGCAGAAUGCCCCAAAAUUGUGGAAGAGGCUUCGAACACCCUUGUGAAGCUCCUGAAGGACCCCAAGACCUACGAUAACAUCACCAAAGACUUCAACUUAUGUUCAAAGCUGCAGAUCCAGACUGAGAUGGACUCGGCCUACUUCCUGGAAUCGCUGGCUGGAAACUUCAUGGAUGUGGUCCAGUACAAUGAAGACAACAGAGGGUUUGAGGGAGUGACGGGCACUAACAUCACCAUUAAGGUUCUGUGUGAGGCGAUGUCUGACUCCACGCUCGGGGAUCCGUACCAACGUUACGUCGCCGUGGCUCGCUUCAUGAUGGAAACUUUCUCCGUUAAAUGUCUGGACGUCAGCUUCAACUCCUACCUGAAGGAGAUGACUAAUGCAUCAUGGGAGGGGCCGGCCGCAGGAGGAGGGAGACAGUGGGUCUACCAGACCUGCACUGAAUUUGGAUUUUACCAGAGCACCGAUUCACCGGACCAACCUUUCAGCGGCUUCCCUCUGAAGUACCACGUGCAGCAGUGUGCAGACUUCUUUAACGUCAGUGCUGAUCAGCUAGCGGAGGCCGUGGCUGAGACCAACGAAUAUUACGGAGGAUACAACAUCCGCUCCUCCAGAAUCGUUCUUCCCAACGGAUCCAUCGACCCCUGGCACGCCCUGGGGGUCACGCAGGACAUCAGCCCCGACCUGCCCGCUGUGUUCAUCAAAGGAACAGCCCACUGUGCCAACAUGUACCCGGCGCGCAGCCAGGAUCUCCCCCAGCUGGCUCUGGCCCGCGACUACGUCUUCCUGUUCCUGCAGAAGUGGUUAAAUCAAUAACUAAAUACUGUAAUACUCUCGAGUCCAGAUCAUUAACAAUUCAAGUGAGACUGAUUUUAUUUUUACGGCCACAUUUCCGAUUUCUUUUAAAAGGCACUUUAAAGUCUGGGUAUUUCAAAUGAGUUAGAUGAUGAAUAAAUAAUACUUUUUUAUGAC